AUGUCUUCCGACAAGCCUCUCCCAUUCAUUUACCAGUUCGCAGCAGGUGCUGUUGCUGGUGUGUCUGAGAUUUUGGUUAUGUACCCAUUGGAUGUGGUCAAAACCAGAGUACAACUACAAACGGGAAAGGGUACAGGGGCAGACUCCUAUAAUGGCAUGGUGGAUUGCUUUCGAAAGAUCAUCAAGCAUGAAGGUUUCGGACGUCUAUACCGUGGUAUUGAAGCCCCAAUCAUGAUGGAAGCCCCAAAAAGAGCGACAAAGUUUGCUGCCAAUGAUGCUUGGGGAAAAGUGUACCGAGAUCUGUUUGCUAUGCAAAAGAUGAAUCAAUCACUCUCCAUUCUUACAGGAGCUACAGCUGGUGCAACUGAGGCUUUUGUGGUGGUUCCGUUUGAGCUGGUCAAGAUCCGUUUACAAGACAAGGCCUCUGCUGGAAAAUACACUUCUACAUUGGACGCAGUCACCAAAAUCGUCAAAGCGGAAGGACCUAUGGCGCUAUAUAACGGGCUCGAAAGCACAAUGUGGAGACACAUCCUAUGGAAUGCCGGUUAUUUCGGGUGUAUCUUUCAAGUUCGAGAGCUUCUGCCAAAAGCCGAUAACAAGACAACACAGAUGGGCUACGAUUUGAUUUCUGGAGCUACUGGUGGAACCUUUGGUACCAUACUGAACACUCCUCUGGAUGUAGUAAAGUCCCGUAUUCAGAAUAGCCCCAGAGUUGCGGGGCAAAUCCCCAAGUAUAACUGGGCGUUCCCUGCCGUCGGGACCGUGUUCAAAGAGGAGGGAUUUGGCGCACUUUACAAAGGGUUCAUUCCCAAAGUGUUGAGAUUGGGUCCCGGUGGAGGAAUCUUGCUGGUCGUCUUCACCGGUGUUAUGGAUUUCUUCAGGAAAUACAGAGGAGAUGUUUAA